UGGGCCCUGAACGCACCACAGCACGUCAAGGUGCAGCGUAGUCCCCGCCCCCUCCCCUGGGAAACUGGAAACUCCGCCCCCAUCCUUCCCCCCUACCACUACAACACGUACCACCCCGACCAAUCAGCUACCAGAUCGCACAACCGCCAUGCAAACAACCCUCCUCUCAGCCACUCGUUCUCUCCUGGCUCCAUGUCAGCCUAUAGUCUCUCGUCCCUCAACAUGAGCACGCUGCCCCGGAACAUGUAUCCCACGAGUCCACGGGGCACGUUGAUGAGGAGGAAAGCCAAGAAGAAGGACUUCAAGAGCUCGCUGUCUCUUGCGUCCAGCACCGUGGGGCUCGCUGGGCAGGUCGUCCACACGGAGACCACGGAGGUGGCGUUAAUAGGCGACGGCAUCAUGGGCUUCGGCCUGCAGCUGCAGGGCGGAGUGUUCGCCACGGAAACGUUGUCCUCGCCUCCGCUCAUCGCUUACAUCGACCCCGACAGCCCCGCAGAGAGGUGCGGCAUCCUGCAGAUUGGAGACAGGAUUCUGUCCAUAAAUGGAGUUCCUACUGAAGACUCCACCCUGGAGGAAACCAAUCAGCUGCUCAGAGACUCGUCCAUCACUGCUCAGCUCACACUGGAGAUCGAGUUCGACGUGGCCGAAAAUGUGACUCAAAGAGCUUCAGUCACCAGCGAAGAGCAUCUGUUCACUGUGACUCAGUUUGAACAGACUCAGCUUCAUCACAUCCUGUAUUCAGUUUCCCUCUUUGUUUUCAGGACGGGGACGUUGGAGCUCGGAGACAAGCUGCUGGCCAUCGAUAACAUCCGUGUCGAGAGCUGCUCGAUGGAGGAGGCCGUUCAGAUCCUGCAGCAGUGUGAGGAACUCGUCAAACUCAAGAUCCGCAAAGACGAAGACAACUCAGACGAACAGGAAGUGUCCGGCACCAUCAUCUACACUGUGGAGCUGCAGAGAUACGGUGGCCCGCUGGGAAUCACCAUCUCUGGCACCGAGGAGCCGUUCGACCCCAUCAUCAUCUCCUCGCUGAGUAAGGGCGGGCUGGCCGAGAGGACUGGUGCGAUCCACGUGGGCGAUCGUAUCCUGGCGAUCAACAGCAGCAGCCUGAAGGGGAAACCUCUGAGUGAAGCCAUCAGUCUGCUGCAGCAGGCGGGCGAGACGGUGACGCUGAAGAUCAAGAAGCAGGGCGAGCUGUCGAGUCCAAAGUCGUGCGUGAUUGGUCCAGGCAUGGGCUUGGGGGUGGGGCUCAGUCAGGAGAACCAGGACGGGGAGGAGGAGCCUGUCAUCAUGGUUGUGCCUCCAUCGAGCCAGAGAGCGUUCAGCACUUUACCGUCCGUCGACAGCGCCGUGGAGUCGUGGGACGGAUCCAACAUGGACAGUAGCUUCACCUCGCCGGCUCCACCGUUUCAGUCGUCUCCGUACACUUUCCACGAGUGGCGCAAUGCCAAGACGAUCAACAGCCAAUCGUCGUCCUCGACUCGCCAGCGAGCCAAUCCGCUGUCAGAUCUGGGCCUGAGUGACGACGACUGGGACCGCCCACCACUCGGAGGAGCCUGUAACCUGCCCAGCGGUCUAAUCACUGACAGCAGGUUCACCGUGGGGCAUGAUGGGACGGAACCGGACCAGGAGGAGAACUUCUGGUCUCAGGCUCUGGAGGAUCUGGAGACGUGCGGACAGAGCGGCAUCCUCAGGGAGCUGGAGGAGACUGAUCAGGAGACGCACCUCCUCGCUCUGGCAACCAUCAUGUCGGGCUCCACCCUCAGUCUGAACCAUGACCCCACCCCCCUGCGCAGCACUCUGGGACGCCAGGCGAGUUUUCAGGAGCGCAGCAGCACCCGACCCCAGGUGACCCCUCGGUCCAACACCUUACCCUCUGACCCCCAACGCCGAGCCUUUGCCAUGAGGAAGAUGAGGCAGGAAGUCAAUGAGAUCCUAAACCAGAACCCUGUGGAACUCCAUAAGUUGACUCUGGACAAAAACUCGGACCUGGAGGACUUUGGUUUCAGUGUUUCUGAUGGUUUGUUGGACCGUGGCGUCUACGUUAACAACAUUCGAACUGGGGGUCCGGCGGAGCGGGGUGGCCUCCGAGCCUAUGACCGAAUAUUACAGAUUAACCACGUGCGAACCAGGGACUUCGACUGCUGCCUGGUCGUUCCUCUGAUCGCAGAGUCUCCAAAUCGCUUGGAUCUCGUCAUCAGUCGAAACCCAACCUCCUCCUGUCUGCUGGCCAAUCACACUGAUGGCACCACCAACAGUAGCCACUCCCCUCAGCCAAUUGGCAGUGACCUGGGACCCCCUGAGCUUUCUAUUGGCCAAGGAGAUGAUUGUGGUCCAAUCAAGUGGAGCCAACCGGGAGAUUUGCUGGGGGCAGGGUUUGGGGUGGGGCAGGUGAGUAAUAGCUCCUUAUAGCAGACAAACCUGGAUCUAACUGGAUUAAACUGGUUGAAACCAGACUGGAAUACAGGAGAACAAUACAACAAAGUUAAGUCAAACUGGGUUAGACCCAUCCAAACUGGUUCAGAGUGGACCCCCAUGGUGCUACAUACACCCCCUGGAUGAACUUUGACGUUUAACCACUACGUUUGACCCUUAAACUGCUAAAGGAGCCUGAAAGCACACAAUGGACUGGAAAAACUCCUCACCUUUUCAUCUUAACCAGUUCUGCAAACUGGUACUACUGGUGUCACUGGAACCAGAACUAUGACCACUGAUCCUACUGGAACCACAACGCAAGCUACUGAUACAAGAUUAAUGGGUACUGGUUCUACUAGCCCACAUCCAUGCCCCCUGGUUCUACUAAAGCUGGAACCACAGACUAUAGUCUUAUUGGUCUAAGAUCAGUGGACACUGGUUCUACAAGCCUAGAACUAGGACCAUUGGCCCUACUGGAUUUAGAGCCACAGCCACUGGUCUUUCUGGUCAAAGACACUUGUGUUCUGGUCUUUAAGGGAACAGAACCAUGGCUAGUUGUCCUACUGACAUCAGAACCACAGCCACUGUUCUUACUGGUCUAAGAUCCAUGGUUACUGGUUCUACAAGUCUAGAACAAGGGCUACUUGUCCCACUGAAAAUAGAGCCAUGGCCAGUGGUCCUACUGGUCCAAGAAACAUGGGUUCUGGUCUAAGUGGUAACAGAACCCUGGCUACUGAUCGAGCCAAAGCUAGCUGUCGUACCUGUUCCUAGACAUGGCUCUGGUUCAUGGUCUCAGGGUCAAACAACCAUAGGUACUGAACCUACUGAAGCCAGAGCCAUAGCCAUUAGUCUUAAUGGUCCAAGACAUGGUUACAGAAUCCAGACUGCUGCCGCUACACGUUUAGAACCAUGGCUCCAGGCCUGUCUAGUCUUGCUAGAACCAGAAACAUGGUUUUUGGUUGUGCUGACCAAGAACCACAUCAGCACAAAGACUCCAGAAUCCAGAACCUGCUGAUAGACAGGCACAAUGCCAAGGAGACUAGAGAUGCUCCGAUCAGGGUUUAUAUGAUGUCAUCAUACAAACUAGUGCUGAUCACUGACUGGUUUCCGUUCUUAAAACGUUUUGCAGGAAUUUUCUGCAUGAGAAACCCUUUAAAACCCAUCACCCUCCAUCAGGUCUGUCAAUAAUGAAAGCCAGGUUAUGUUCUUCUAAAGGCCAAAAUGUUUGUACCUCUUAGAAAUGGUCACACCAAGUAUUCUUGCAAAAGAAGUUUCCAAUAACUCCUGAAAAGCACUUUGGUUGAAGCAUACUAGCACCUUGACUCUGCCCCCACUGGUUUUAUCUGUCACAACUUGAGUGGAAGCUUUUAAACAUUGUGAAAAAGGUUCAGAUCCCACAAGGUUUUUCUGGACAGAAGCACUGGGAAGUUUUAUUUUAAGCACAAGAUUAAAGACUAUAAGUGCAAGUGGUGAGAUAUUAGAGAACAAGCAACGUGGAAAAUGAUUAUGUUUCAGGUCAGAGGUUGUUGGUUACGGUAAGAAUCUAGAAGGGUGGGAUCCACAGGGCCACAUAACCUUGCAGCUGCUCAAACUCAGUUCUGCAGGAUGGGCAAUCCUCCACACGUCUGAAACUCUGACACAUCCCAACAUCCAUAACGUGCUGUUGGGCUAAUGCCACUUACAGAUACUGCAUUUGAGUCAACAGUGAAGCAGUGAGUCCCGACAAUACUGACAUCUAUACGCUUCUUUUUUACUGUUUCAGUACGUUAAUCAGAGCUUGUGUCAUUUGAUGAUGAUCAAGUAAGACAAACAGUAUUUAAAGAAGAACUUCAGACCUUCGUAGAGUUUUCUGAGGGAUUGGAACUGUAAUAAAUUGAUGAAUUAUCUUUGGCCAAAGUUUUCAAUGGCUGUAAGAUAUAAGAUUUCAUUGUGUCUCUGAUACUCUGAAGCUUCCAGUCUCUUAAUGACAGGAGGAAAGACCCAAAGAUUCAAAACACUUUAUCCAACCAUAACUUCCUGUAAAGUCGUAACAUCCUUAGACAAACAGAGAUGGUGGACGUGGUGACUGUGAUCACCAUUCAGUCAAAGGUAGAAACUUUCCAAUUACAUGUGGUGGGUUCAAGGGCUAGGUAUCGUUUCAGGUCGAGUGUCACAAAAAUAAAACAAUAACCAGUCGUAGUUUUGAACAGCGAUGAUGGAUUUUUCAGCAUAAACGUAAUUUUUAAUUUGUUGAAUUUUACAAUCAGAAAUUUCCAUCAUUUAUCAGCUGGUUCUGAUCGGAGCAUCCCUGAUAAAAACGGACAGAAAGACGGGUUCAGUGUCAAGAUUUGAGUUCAGUGCCAUGAACGAGCUGCAGAACAGAAAAGUAAUAAUGACGAAGAGACUGAGCAGUUCAAUAAGAAUCUUUUUCUACUGUUUACACCUGUUGGACUGGCCACACUGUGUAUGUAUGUAUGUAUGUGUGUGUGUUAUGUGUGUGCGUUAAACACAAGGCCAGUUAAGCCCCUCCCACCUCAAUUUCUAGUCUUGGCUGUGCCCGCCCAACCUCCCUCCCUUCUACCCUCGACCAAUAGGCAGCCAGGAUGAGAGACAGACGGCAAUUCUGAUUCAGCUGAUUGGCUGGAACCAAUCAGAAAACAAACGCUUCCCUGCCUGUCUGUGAUUGGUUCUCCUCAACACGUAAAUAAACCAAUCAGCUCCAGAAGAAGCCAAGCAUGACCGCCCCCCC